GGGAGGGCUGCUUCAUAUUCGCUGAGUGAGGAACCGGCAUGUACCUAACGGCCACCAUGGAGAAAGCGAUCGUUUUGCUCUUGUUGCCACUUCUUACAGCCUGCUUGUUGGGUGAUGCCGUCGCUGCUGUGACUGGACUUUGUGAUAAGGAUCACUUCCAAUGCGGUGAUGGAAAGUGUAUUCGCGUACACUGGCUGUGUGAUGGGCAGUCUGAAUGUGAUGAUGGUUCAGAUGAGUCACUGGAGACGUGUAAGAAUAAGACCUGUAGUGCUCUUGAGUUCAGUUGUGGUGGUCGUGUUAACAAGUGUAUCCCCACAUCCUGGCGCUGCGACUCCCAAAAGGACUGCGAAAAUGGCUCAGAUGAAGAGAACUGUCCUGCACAUGUCUGCAAAGACCAUGAAUUCCAAUGCCAUGAUGGGAAUUGCAUCUCUUCAAAGUUUGUCUGUGAUGAAGACAGGGACUGUGCUGAUGGCAGUGACGAAGAGGCAUGUCCAGAGCGGACCUGUGGACCUCACUUGUUCCAGUGUGUCAAGAGCAAGCUUUGUAUCCCAAAGCUGUGGGCCUGCGAUGACGAUCCAGAUUGCCCUGAUGAGUCAGAUGAGUGGCCACAGAACUGUGGACGGUCCUCUACCUUUGCACCACCUAAUCCCUGUUCUGCCCUGGAAUUCCAUUGUGGCAGUGGAGAGUGCAUCCACAUGAAAUGGCGCUGUGAUGGUGGUGUAGACUGUCGUGAUCAGUCUGAUGAAGCAGGCUGUGCUGUGACAACUUGUCGGCCAGAUGAAUUUCAGUGUAAUGAUGGGACCUGUAUUCAUGGAAGCCUCCAGUGUAAUAAGGAGUUCAACUGCCAUGAUCAGAGCGACGAAGUUGGCUGUGUAAAUGUGACCAAGUGUGAGUCUCCACACAAGUUCAAAUGCACAAGUGGUGAAUGUAUAAUGAUGGACAAAGUUUGUGACAAUCAGCGGGACUGCAGAGACUGGUCUGAUGAGCCCUUGAAAGAGUGUGGUGAAAAUGAAUGUCUGAAUGACAAUGGUGGCUGCUUUCACAUCUGCAAAGAUCUGAAGAUUGGCUACAAAUGUCUCUGUCGUCCUGGCUUCAGACUAAUUGAUAAUGCAAAGUGUGAGGAUAUCAAUGAGUGUGAGAAUCCAGACACAUGCAGCCAAAACUGUAUCAACCUGGAAGGAGGAUUUAAGUGUGAGUGUAAGAAAGACUAUCAUAUGGACCCAGUGACCAGGCAAUGCAAAGCUAUUGGUACGGUUGCCUACUUGUUUUUCACCAAUCGGCAUGAGGUCAGAAAGCUUACCCUUGAUCGGAGUGAAUAUACACAAUUGAUCCCCAGGCUGAAGAAUGUCGUGGCACUAGACAUGGAGGUGGCUGCAAACAAGAUCUACUGGGCUGAUCUGUCUCAGAAAAAAAUUUUCAGUGCCCACAUGGAUAAAGCUGAGAACUCUUCCCAUCAUUCUACUGUUAUUGAGACUGAAAUCCAGGCACCAGAUGGCUUGGCUGUGGACUGGAUUCACCAGAACAUAUACUGGACAGACUUUGUAUCCAGCACCAUCUCUGUAGCUAACACAGCUGGAACAAAGAGGAAAGUUCUAAUCAAAGAACAACUUUCAAAGCCCAGGGCUAUUGCAGUGGAUCCAGUUCGUGGCUUCCUAUAUUGGAGUGAUUGGGGCUCCCCUGCUAAGAUUGAAAAAGGAGGUUUGAAUGGAGUGGACCGUAUGCAACUGGUAACUGCAGGAAUUGAAUGGCCAAAUGGAAUCACCCUGGACUUGGUGAAUCAGCGGCUCUACUGGGUGGACUCCAAGCUGCAUACUUUGUCUAGUAUUGGUGUUGCUGGAGACAACAGGAAAACUUUGAUCAUCUCUCCAGAGAAACUGACUCAUCCCUUCUCCAUCGCAUUGUUUGAGGACAAGAUAUUUUGGACUGAUAUUGAUCAUGAAGCCAUUUUCAGUGCCAACAGACUCACAGGAGGCGAUAUUCUAACAGUCGUUGAGAACCUUGAUGUUCCUCAAGAUAUUGUUCUCUACCAUCAUCUCCGCCAACCCAAAGGUAUUAACUGGUGUGAACAGAACGGGCUGAUAAAUGGUGGCUGUGAAUACUUGUGCCUUCCAGCACCACAGAUCAACAUUCAUUCUCCAAAAUACACUUGCGUUUGCCCUGAUGGCAUGCAGCUGGGGCCGGACAUGAGAAAAUGUAUUCCAGCUCAUGUCAUGCCUACCAAGUUAAACACAGACAAAACUUUAAAUGAUCCUAACCAUGCUAAGACAGCUACAACCAGCAGCUCCACUACAAUGAGGAAAAUGAUCUCCCAGUCUUCCAACGUUUCCUCAGACAGCACUGUACACUCAGCAUUCCCUACUGGUCAUGAGAUGCUGACUGUUUCACAUCAAGCAGGGGGUGAGAUUGCAGUUAAAGCAGCUACAGAAGGCCACAGAGGAGCUAAUGCCUUGUGGAUUGUUUUGCCCCUUGCCAUCCUGUCAUUGCUUGCUACUGCAGUUUAUUUCAUUUGGAAAAACUGGAAACUGAAGAACACCAACAGUAUUAACUUCGAUAACCCCGUCUACCAGAAAACCACUGAAGAUGAUGAAGUACAUAUCACCCGGAACCAAGUCGGGUACACUUAUCCUACGAGAGCUGUUGUGAGUUUAGAAGAUUAUGGUGCUUGAUACAAGGAGCCUGACAAAGUGCCUCUGGAGUGAUUUGCUGCUUAUGGACCUAGACUUUAAUUCUGCUGUUUGCAGAUACCCUACAGUACUGUCAUGUUUGUUUAUUUGUGUUUAUUUUCUUUUAAACACUCCCUCUUCUAAAUAUUUCAGCAUAGCCACUCCAUGUACAUGGUGUUUUUGGUUAGGUUACUUUAAAUUUUUUGCACUUGUGCUGUUACUGUGGAUGUUUUUAUAAUUUUGAAGGAUUUUCAGAGACACUCUGGAAAUGACUGAGCUUUAGUUCUUGUUAAGGGCAAAAACAUUUUCUUUUGGAAAUUUUUUAUAAAAAUUCCCUGACUGAAGAUGUCUGAUUUACUUCUGACAAUUCAGAAGACACUGGUGCAGUUUUCAGUUGCUGAAUGACUGAAGAGAAGGACUGUGUGUGUGAGUGUGUGAUCGAUCAGAGUUGUGCCUACGCUGUUUGGUAAAUUGCAUGCAUUCUCCAUGUAUGGUUGCGUGUAGGGACAAAAGCCAGUUUUAAGGUGGCAUUUUCCUCACCAUCCUCUACAACCUGUUGUUUGUCAAAUGUUUUUCAAGAAGUCUGGCGUUUUGCUUGAUUCACCAAUACUAGAAUUGUAUAUAAUCAUGCAUUGAAUUGGAAUACACUGGACUUUAAUAAAGGCUGUGUUAGAUAGUGUGGAUACUUGCCAUCAUCCCCUGUACUUUAUAGGGGCAUGUCUAUCCCUUACUACUGAGCCUGACAGACUUGCUUCCAAAAAGUUGGUGCCAGACCAUAAACCAAGCUUGCUUUUUUUGUGAAUAUGUAUAUACUGUACAGAUGGUGUUUUGUUUUUUCAGAAGGAAUAGUUUUUAACUGCAAAGUUAAUGUUUUUAAUUUAUUUACCCAGUAUCUCAGCCUCUCCUCCUGAUUUUUGUGCAGCCUUUGUAUAUUUCAAGGUGUUGGUGCUGAGUUUAAAUAUGUACCCAGUCCUAUGUGCACAGCAAACCUUUUUUCCUUCUGUCUUGUUUAUAAAAUGUAUAUGUUUACAGAAGCUGCUUUCUGACAGCCUAUCAGAAUGGAUUUGUCUUUCUACAUAGAUUUACACAGAGCAUAUAUUUAUUUAUUAAAAAAAAAUUUUUUAAAGUGGAGCCUGUUACACUGAAGGUCAGGCACCCACUCUACUGGCCAAGUAAAUGUAGGAGCUCCUGCAAUCGGUGAGGUUUCUUUUUUUUUGUGAUUUUAGCCUGAUCCAAUACCAUUUCAGACAGUGUAGUUAAUAUUCUACAUGCUUGUCUGAUGCUCUCCCCCCC